AAAGGAAUUAGUUUCGGGUGCUUACAAGUUCACCUGAGAACACCCUAACGUCAGGCUGAGCCUUGAAAAAGCAUUAAAGUUUCUCGCCCGAUUCUCGUUGCCUUUUCGAUCCACUAUAUAAAUCCCCAAGCUACCAAACAAACUAUGUUCUCCUCCAAAAACUGCAAUAAUAUUCCUGAGCGCUUUUGGUCCUCUAAGUUAAUAUAGCUAGCUAGCUGUAGAAGAUCAUGAGCAGGCCAGGAGAUUGGUACUGCGGGUCAUGCCAGCACCUCAACUUCCAGUGGAGGGACUCCUGCCAGCGCUGUGGGGAGCCAAGACCCAGCUGGGAGAGAAGUGACGGUGGAAUCUGUGGUGGCGGCAGGGGUAGCUCCGGGUUCAUUCCAGGCCCUGAUGUCAGACCUGGUGACUGGUACUGCACUAUGCCCAACUGUGGAGCUCACAACUUUGCUAGCCGCUCCAGCUGCUUCAAGUGCGGUGCUACCAAGGAUGAAUCCUCCACUAGUGCCCGUGUGCAUGAAGGCAGUGACAUGUCGCGUAUGAGGGGGUUUGGCUUAAGCAGUGGCAGCACCAGUCGCACCGGAUGGAAAUCUGGCGACUGGAUUUGCACAAGGUCGGGUUGCAAUCAACAUAACUUUGCUAGCAGGAUGGAAUGUUUCAGAUGCAAUGCACCAAGGGACUCCGGCAACAAAUCUUCUUAGUGAUCUAUUUCCCUUCAAGCAGAAAGAUUGUUUCAAUAUCCAUGAGUUCUAAUCAUUAAGAUAACUAUUAUAUAAAUUGCAAACCAAAAAUACUCUAAAAACAAUGAAAACGAAAAUACAACAAUGACAAAACAUCAACAUGGCUGGAAACAAUGAUCUCUAUGCCAUUUUAUGGCUAUUUAGACAGCAGCCA